AGCACCGCAGACUAAUGAGUAGGAUCAAUAAGAACGUGAUUUUGGCGCUUUUAACUUUGACAAGUUCUGCAUUUCUGCUGUUUCAGUUGUACUACUACAAGCACUAUUUAUCAGCAAAGAAUGGAGCUGGUUUAUCAAAAUCCAAAGGAAGCCGAAUUGGAUUUGAUGGCACACAGUGGCGCACAGUUAAAAAAUUUAUUAUGCUAACAUCCAGUCAAAAUGUACCUGUGUUCCUUAUUGAUCCUUUGAUUCUGGAAUUGAUUAAUAAAAACUUUGAACAAGUCAAGAAUGCUUCUCAUGGCUCCGCUUCAGAAUGCAAGUUUUUCUGUGUUCCAAGAGACUUUACUGCAUUUGCACUACAGUAUCACCUAUGGAAGAAUGAGGAAAGCUGGUUUCGGAUAGCUGAAAAUAUGGGAUUUCAGUGCCUAAAGUUCGAGAGCAAGGACCCCCGGCUAGAUGGGAUAGACUCACUUUCUGGAACUGAAAUCCCCCUGCACUACAUCUGCACAUUGGCCAGUCAUGCUGUCCACUUGGUGGUCUUCCAUGAAAGGAGCGGCAACUACCUUUGGCAUGGCCAUCUACGGCUCAAAGGACACAUUGACAGGAAGUUUGUUCCUUUUCGAAAGUUACAGUUUGGUCGUUAUCCUGGAGCUUUUGACAGGCCAGAGUUACAACAAGUUACUAUUGAUGGAUUAGAAGUUCUCAUUCCAAAAGAUCCAAUGCACUUUCUGGAAGAAAUACCACACUCUAGAUUUAUUGAGUGUAGGUAUAAAGAAGCUCGAGCAUUCUUUCAGCAAUACCUUGAUGAUAACACUGUGGAAGCUAUGGCCUUUCAGAAGAGUGCAAAGGAAUUGUUGCAACUAGCAGCCAAAACAUUAAAGAAAUUGGGAGUACGGUUCUGGCUGAGCAGUGGAACUUGUCUAGGAUGGUAUCGGCAGUGCGGCAUUAUUCCUUAUAGUAAAGAUGUUGACCUAGGAAUUUUUAUACAAGAUUACAAAUCUGAUAUUAUUUCAGCAUUUCAAGAUGCAGGACUCCCACUCAAACACAAAUUUGGGAAGGUAGAAGACAGCUUGGAACUAUCUUUCCAGGGAAAAGAUGAUGUAAAACUUGACAUUUUUUUCUUCUAUGAAGAGACUGACUAUAUGUGGAAUGGAGGCACUCAGGCCAAAACAGGAAAAAAAUUUAAAUACCUGUUUCCCAAGUUUACACUGUGCUGGACCGAGUUUGUAGACAUGAAGGUUCGUGUGCCCUGUGAAACCAUCGAGUACAUCGAAGCCAACUAUGGUAAGACCUGGAAGGUUCCUGUGAGGACAUGGGACUGGAAACGCUCUCCCCACAAUGUGCAGCCCAAUGGAGUCUGGCCCAUUUCUGAGUGGGAUGAGGUUAUCCAGUUGUACUGACACAGUAGGUUGAAAUGGUGGAAUUCCCCUCCUGCACAAAAGGGAGAUGACUGUUUAAAAAGAUACGUGUCUAGUUGUCAAACAUAAGUAGGAGCCAAAGAAAAAUGACAAGUUUGAAGAUACAGAGAGAGUCCUAACUCCUGAGCCAACUGAUUUAAUUCUCUCAUUUUACAUUUAUUAAAGUCUCCAUGUACCAGGUACAAUGCUAGGUAACAGUGGAGAAGCAGAGAUGAGUGAGACAGAUGCCUGCCUCUUUUCCCCCUACCUUUGGUAAGCACCCCAGUUUUCCUUUGAGGGAAACACCCUCACCCUUUGAAGAGCUUAUAUAGAAUAUGAAAUGCUCUGUAAGUGCUUUCAAAAUGUUAAAUAAUUAACAUUUUGGAAGAUGGGCUUACCAGGUGCAGCUAAGGAAGGAUAUACUAGUAAAAACAAUAACCUGUGUAAGCUUGUAUGUUAGGGCUACUUUUAAGGUGUGGAGGCUGAGUUAAUAUUCAAGUGAUCAGACUUUAGGUGACAUCAAGAAAAGAUGCUAGCAGAUUCCUGUUACAAGCACCCUGAUGUGGAAUUGAUUUAGAGCACAGAGCAUUAUAUAAGAGAAUGACAGCUUAUUUCUAGCCUUGUCAAAGGUACGUAAAUUUCCAUACACCUUCUGUUUUCAUAUCUGAAGUGAAAAGAAAGCUUAUGCUUGUGUGAUGCUUAAAUUUCCAGCCAUUGUGAGAAUAUUUUCACUGACCUGAUAAUACUUGUUUGACAAAUCACUCAAGUGAGACCAUGCUACCAGACAUGAUAUUGAAAGGGUGGUGAUUUCAUAAAACAUAUUUUCCUUACUUCAUUCUCAAUCAAUAGGUAAACUAUGAGCAAUUCAUGGUCAUUUAAUAUUUUCUGAGUU